AAGAAUUUGAAAAAUCAUCAAUAAACUCUGAUAAUAAUUCAAUGGCACAUCUAAUCUUACCAUUAUUAAUUCACAUUAUUAUUAAAUCUAAUCCAAAAAAAUUAAUUUCUAAUCUAAGCAGUUAUUGGAUUUUAGAGACUGCUGAUUACUUGGAUUUAAACAACAAUAACAUUAUUAACAGCAGUAAUGGUAGGAGGGUUGGGCAUGAAAUAGUUAAAGUGGCUGAUAGUGGUGUAAAAGUUAUCACUGAUGCAUUUGAUUCUUCUUAUAAGUUGUUUGCUAAACAAGAAAACGAAAUGCAACAGCCGCAACAACACCAAAAACAUAAAUCCUCAUCCUCAUCAAU